AUGGAUGGAGAGAGCAUAGGCUCGAGCCUGACAAAGCCACAGAGGCUGGUGCUGGGGUGUUUUGUGUUGUUUUUAGUUGACGUGAUAUGGGUUUCAUCAUCAGAGCUCACAAAAUACAUCUAUCACAAUGAGCAGUUCGAGAAGCCGUUUUUCUGCACGUACGUUAAAACGUCCAUGUUCACAAUGUAUCUACUCGGAUUCUGCUUUUGGCCGCCGUGGAGGGAUUACUGCAGCAAACCCAAUAACUACAUGUUCAUUGACCCUGAGCAGGAGGAUGAGAACUUCUACUCUGAAGCCAACACAAGUUUGAGCAAUCCGGUUUACGUUCCGGUGAAGACGCCCGAACGCGAAACGGUGGAUCUGUCGAGCGGCACGGAGAGCGACGACUCCUCGACCAGAUCGGUACGAUUCAACAAGUUGGCCGAGGUCCGACACAUGUCCGAGCUGGAGGCGACGGAAGCGCUGCUGGCGAGGCUCUCGUAUCAAGCGAGCGUUAGGGCUGGGGAGAUGGCCAAAAGGGCCGCCACCAAAUUGCCCGUCUUCAAGGUGGCCAAGGUGGCGUUGAUCUUCUGUUUGCUGUGGUUCUUCGCCAACUACACGUUUCAGGUGGCUUUGGCGCAGACGGAAGCCGGAAUGGUCACAGUCCUUUCCACGAUGUCGAGCUUCUUCACGUUGGUUUUGGCCGCGCUCUUUCCUUCCAGCCAGAUGGACAAGUUCACGCUUUCCAAACUGCUGGCCAUCGUCUUCAGCAUCGCCGGAGUGAUAAUGGUGAGCCUCUCGGAUAUAGGCAAGGAAUCCCACGUGCCGCUCGGCGUCGUCCUUUCACUGUUCAGCGCCUUCUUUUACGCGGCGUACAUAGUUUUCCUGAAGCGUCACGUCGAUCACGAAGACAAAAUGGACAUCCCACUGUUCUUCGGUUUCGUCGGCUUCUUCAACCUCGUCCUCCUCUGGCCUCUGUUCUUCUUCCUUCACAUGCAGCAAUGGGAGAAGUUCGAGUGGCCCAGCAAGCACCAGCUCCUCUUCCUGCUGCUGAACGGCCUCCUCGGCACCGUCAUCUCCGAGGCGCUGUGGCUGUGGGGCUGCUUCCUCACCUCUUCGUUGCUGGCCACCGUCGCCAUCAGUCUGACCAUUCCGCUGACGAUGCUCGUCGACGUCCUCCUCAAGAAGGUCACCUAUCCGUGCAUGUUCUACGCGGGCACCUUCCCCAUGAUCGUCGCGUUCGUCUCGGUGUGCGUGCUCUCGCACUACGAAACCUGGGACCCGGCGCUGGACGCCAUCCGGUACGUCUACCACGCCUUCUGCCGGCGAAAUCGUUUCCGCUUCCGGUUUCCCGAGAUGCAAUCGGAACAGACGGAAGCACUCAUCGGCAUCAACUGCGAGCACGAGGCCUGAUCCCCCCCUGCAAAUCAAACAAAAUCAACAUUUAUUUUUUUCCAAAACCUACUCAAUUCUUUCAUUAUUAUGAUUAUAAUUUUCCAUGAGAAUUCCGUGAAAGUGGAAACUGUGAUUUCGAUUCUUUCAGUUAUUAUUACUAAAUAAUAU